AUGGACGACGAUCUCGAGAAGACGGCAGCAUUACCUGCAGGAGAUGCGGAUGGUGAGAGCGAAAAGAAGCUCGAAGGAGCUCGUGACGACAACAUUGCAGCGCCUCCAGGAAUCAACCCAAUGGACCCAUCUCAAUUCCCUGAAGGAGGGCUUGAGGCAUGGACGGUCGUGUUCGGGUCUGCCUGUGGCAUAUACGUCAGCUUCGGCUGGAUCAAUUGCAUCGGCGUCUUUCAAGAUUACUACCAGUCACAUCAGCUCAAGGAGUAUACGUCGCAAGAAAUUGCGUGGAUUCCAUCCCUCGAGGCCUUCAUGAUGUUCAUCGGUGGCCUGUGGGUUGGUCGAGUCUACGAUAACUACGGUCCUCGUGUCCUCCUCCUGGUCGGCACCUUUCUCCAUGUCUUUGGCUUGAUGAUGGCAUCGAUAUCCCACAAGUACUAUCAGUUCCUGCUCUCGCAAGGCGUCUGCUCCGCGUUUGGGGCGUCGAUGAUCUUCUACCCGUCCAUGUCCUGCGUGGUGACAUACUUCUUCCGCCGCCGAUCGCUUGCCCUGGGCAUCGCGGCAACUGGAUCGAGUAUAGGUGGUGUCAUCUUCCCAGUCAUGGUGGAGAAGCUGAUCCCGCAAGUCGGCUUCGGUUGGACGAUGCGUAUCUGCGCCUUUAUGGUUCUGGUAUUGAUGGUCAUGGGAAACUUGACACUGAAGAGCCGCAUCCCGCCUAUGGCAAAGCCAGUCCGUGCCAUGGACUUCGUGAAGCCGUUUCUGGAGGGAGACUUUGCACUGUUGGCGCUGGGAAGUUUCCUAACAUUCUUGGGUCUCUUCCUUCCCUUUACGUUUAUCAUUCUCGCUGCCCAGGAGCGUGGCGUCCCGGACGGACUUGCCAAAUACCUCGUCGCAGUCCUCAACGCCGGGUCCACGUUCGGCCGUACAAUCCCUCCGUUUCUGGCCGAUCGACUGGGUCGCUUCACGGUCUUCCUGGCCAUGGGCCUCCUCUCAUGCGUCAUCGUCCUUGCACUCUGGCUUCCAUCAUCUGGCACGGCUGCCACCAUCGUCUUUUGUCUGGUUUUCGGCUUCUCGAGCGGUGCCGUGGCCAGUAUCUUGCCGAGUCUCGUCGCGACAAUCAGCCACAUCAGUCAGAUCGGAGUGCGAACCGGGUGCAAUUUCAGUGUCGUGGCAGUGGCAGUUUUGAUUGGGAGUCCGAUCGGUGGGCAGUUGAUCCAGAACGACGGGUACAAGAGCAUGCAAGGGUUUAGUGGUGCCUUGUUGGGUGGCGGACUCAUCGUCUUCACCGUGCUAUGGGUCAGACUGGGAGGGUUGACGGGGAAGAGGGUGUAA